AGAGACUGAGGGGAGCAUUUAGCAGGCACACUCAUUCACACAGUCACUUUCCCUUUGCUAGUGACUUUCACCACUGCAACCUUUUGCUGCCUGCCAGGCUUCUUCCUUCCACCCAUAAUGACCCGCUCCCUCGGCCUGAGCAUCCAGCUGUUUCUGCUGCUGUGCCUUAGCUUCACUGCACGUGCUGAACCUCGGCGGACCACGACCCCUCAGCGCAGAACGCCUCGUGCACCAGCCGCCAAGGUGCGUCUCGCGGGCAACUUUGCGCGCGAGACGCACGAAGGACGCGUGGAGGUACUGCACGACAACACGUGGGGGACCAUCUGUGAUGAUGAGGUGGACAUAAACCUGGCUAACGUGGUGUGCCGAGAACUGGGGUUUCGAGGAGCGGUGACGUGGGCUCACAGUGCCAAGUAUGGAGAAGGGACAGGUCCAAUUUGGAUGGAUAACGUACGAUGUGAUGGCUCAGAGAAGUCCAUAAAGGACUGCAAACACAACGGUUGGGGGGUAAAUGACUGUAAACACUCUGAAGACUUAGGGGUUGUGUGCAACCCCGAGCUUAGACUGGACCAAUCUGCCAGCAGAGGUUACACAGAGGUCAGGCCUUCUGGCAACACUGCUUCUCAGUGGGGGGGUAUUGUGGCAACACAGAGGCAUCCAGGAUACGGAUAUUAUGGAAAUGGACAUCCAUAUGAGAUCCCAAGGUUCCAAAGGCACCACCCCUACCAGGGUCACAGUAAAGUGCGAAUCGAAGAGGUCCGUCUGCGUCCCAUCCUCUCAGCUACAAAGAAGAAAAGCCUUAUCACAGAGGGUGUAGUGGAAGUGAAGCACGCUGGGAGAUGGAGACAAGUCUGUGACCUAGGUUGGAGUCUCAACAGCAGCCGGGUGGUGUGCGGUAUGCUCGGCUUUCCAGAGGCAACUCAGCACAAUGUCAAAACAUACAAGAAAAUAUGGGAUACCAAGGUUAAAGAUCCGACAACAAGAGUGAGCCUCAUGGCAAAGAAGAAGGGAUUCUGGGUAGAGAAGGUUCACUGUCUGGGUGUGGAGAACACCCUAUCAGAGUGUCACGCUCAGCUGUCAAUCCCCCGAAGUCCAACCCCUUGUAAGAAUGGACAAUUUGCAGUGGCCAAGUGCGUACCAGGACCUCAGUUCGCUCGCAUCUCUUCAGGAAGACCCCAAGCUCCUUAUCCAGUGGUGCCUGUGCGUCUUAAGGCAGGCCCCAGGCUGGGUGAAGGCCGUGUGGAGGUUCUCCGAAAUGGAAAAUGGGGUACGAUUGUUGAUCAUUUAUGGGACCGAACAGCAGCCAGCGUUGUGUGCAGAGAGCUUGGUUUUGGUACUGCCCAGGAUGCCCUGCAUGGAGCCUUUAUGGGCCAAGGUACGGGACCUAUUCAUCUGAACAAUGUACAGUGUAUGGGGUCAGAGCGCUCCAUCCUGGAAUGCUACUUCCAGGAAGUCCAACCAUGGACGUUCAAACACACUCAGGAUGCUUCAGUACGCUGUAACGUUCCCAAGACAGGCAUAGAGAAAACGGUACGUCUUGCUGGUGGUAGAGCCUCUUCAGAAGGACAUGUGGAAGUUUUGAUGGAGGUUGGGGGACGUAAGCGCUGGGGCUCUGUCUGCAGUGAAAACUGGGGAAUAAAUGAAGCUAUGGUGGUGUGCAGACAGCUCAGUCUGGGUUUUGCUGCAAGUGCUCAUCAGGAAACAUGGUACUGGCCUGGUAACUCAAAUGCAAGUGAAGUGAUUCUUACUGGGACUCACUGUGUGGGAACAGAGCUUUCCAUCCAACAGUGUCGUCGCAACAACCACAUCCACUGCCCUCGUGGAGGUGGAGUCAAGGCAGCUGGGGUCAGAUGCUCAGAGACUGCUCCGGACCUUGUUUUGGAUGCCCAGUUGGUUCAGGAGACAACCUACCUGGAAGACCGACCACUCCACUUGCUGACUUGUGCUCAUGAAGAGAACUGUCUCUCAUCCUCUGCUGCCCGAAUGAACUGGCCAUAUGGCCACCGACGCCUGCUGCGCUUCUCUUCCCGUAUCAUGAACCUAGGUCGGUCCGAUUUUAGACCCAAGGCAUCGAAAGACAGCUGGACAUGGCACCAGUGUCACAGGCACUACCACAGCAUCGAGGUGCUCACCCAUUACGAUCUGCUGACGCUGAAUGGCACAAAGGUUGCAGAGGGACACAAGGCCAGUUUCUGUCUGGAGGACACAUACUGCCCUGAUGGAAUCCAGAAGAGGUUCUCUUGCUACAAUAUGGGUGACCAAGGCAUUUCUGUGGGCUGCUGGGACACCUAUCGCCAUGAUAUUGACUGUCAGUGGGUUGACGUGACAGACGUGCGACCAGGGGACUACAUUUUCCAGGUGGAAGUUAAUCCCUCCUUGGACAUGGCUGAAUCUGACUUUAUGAACAAUGUCAUGAGAUGUCGGUGCAAAUAUGAUGGCCACAGAGCUUACAUGUACAGCUGUCACACAGGUGAUGCUUACAGCGCAGAGACUGAAGACCUGUUUGAGCACCAGAGGCAAAUCACCAACAACUUUGUGUAGCUCAUUCCAGGGUCCAGUGUAAAUGCCUUCCAGUGAAGCACAGAGACGAUUCAAAGUGGGUUACGGUCAAAAUGCCCUCAGGACCCAGAAUAACAUAACGAUAUGGUUCCUGCUCAGGUCCUUGGAGAUCUGGGUGAAAUAUUCAUGAACACUUCAUGUGACAGCAGCAACCAUUGCAGGAAAUCUUGUACUAACUAAAACAUCCAUCAGCAGCAGACGAAAAAGGUGCCACUUUGUCCAACACUUUUUUUUUUUGCUCUAGUAAAGGAGAAGAAAACUUUUAGAUUUAGAUUUUAACUCUUCAGAAUCUUAGCAAAUUACAGAAUCUGAUAUUGAAAACAAGCCUAUAUGAAUAGUAAACAGAAAUUCCCAAACUGGAUGAUAUAAAUCCUGAGAAAAGUAUCAUCAAGAGAUAAGAUUGUGUGAAUUUAGUCACAAAAGGUUGAUUAACUGCUUUAUACACAUUUUGCGGGAAAGUUCCACAAAUUUUGGCUGUUAGCUUUAGUUUACACAAUGUUUCAUUUAAGUUUAUAGUUGACAUAUUGAACUUUGGUGCUUUCAUUUUUUCAAACCGAUACUGUAUUAUUAUGUCUCAUUAACCUCAGUGAGUUUCAGAUGAAAGAUUUUGUACAGUAUAUUUUGAAUAAGUUUCUUCAACAGGCAUAUUUUAUUUUAACAAUUCUUUCAUUCUAACAAAAUUAUCUUUGAUUAGUUUAUGAAAUAUGUUGUUCUUCACCUUUAGAGAAGACGAUAGAAGGUCAGGUUUUCUUAUAGAAGAAAGCACUUUAUUUUCAAACAGGUAUUCAAAUUUAAUUCCCUUUUUUAACUAACCAUACAAUUUAAAUUUUAGGUUUUUAUUCAAAUUUACUUUAUUAUUUUAUAUCCAGUAAUGUCAAAUAGAAGUUUUUUGUUGGUCUUCUUGUUCAUUGUGCGAUUUAUGCUGUUCUUUAUUACUUUAUUUAUUGGAAUUUACACUUCAUGACCAGUUAAUAGAUUCUUAGCUAAAGCGUUUGAUCUAAAAUAUUUUCUAUUUUUCCAAACAUACUACUCCAAGGUAAAAUUCUUCUGCAGUAGUUAAGGUACAUUGCAGGAUGUCCAUCAUGUAGAUGAAUAAUUGUAGAUGUAUUUAUCUAAUGAAUAAAUGACUAUUUAUCUUAGUCAUUAAAACAAUUGUAACUGUACAGUUUUCCUCUUCCAGCCUCUCUGAUGGGAGGAAAAACUGGUCUGACAAAACCACAGUACUGUGGUAGACAGGCAGGCUGGGUUUUGAGAGCAUAUAAAAAGCCUUUUAAUUACCUCUGUUUGGUUAGACUUAAGGUUACGGUUACGAUUGAGGGCUCCAGCAUGUGCUUUAUAAAGAAACACCAUGGAAUUGUUACUUAAGCAAUCAUGGAAAAGACAGAAAUUUGGAUUUCCAUCUUUGCGUAAAGUACUAUAGAGAUACUGAUUAUCUGAGAUUUAGUGAGGGAUACAGGGAGUGAAGGACAGAUUGAGAAAGAGGUGAUAUUUGGUAAAUGAUUUAUUCAGAGGUAGAUUUGUUUUUACUUAAAAAAAGCUGUCUUGUUGUUGGCAGCCUCAUGUAGACCACAGACUGGCAUUUUCAGCUCCUCAACAAAAACAACAUGUUUGGGAGGAAAAUAAACUAUUCAUGCUUCGAAGCAGUAAACAGUGGUCUCGUUUUAACAAAAACAGGCCUUCUGAAAUCUACUGUACACUGUUCUUUUUUCUAAAUAAGUAGUAGCUCAACAAACAUUAAAAGAGCUCCAUGGGAUUUAUGUUAAUGUUGCUCUCCCAGCCUUUAAUCUGCUUGAUUUGUUUGACUGCUUGUCUUAGUGCCUGAACCUGUUCAGAUGGUUUAGUGGAUAGUUUUUAAUGCAUGUUAUUCAUAAAGUCAGAUGUAGCCCUAAUAAAUUUUCUAACAAGAUAAAUCUUUAUUUUUCAGUUUAAUAACUAAAAUAUAAUGUUUUCAUGUCAACCUCAUAUUUUUAAAUGCUCUUAAAAUAUUUUUUUCUUGAAAGUCCAGAAAUGUUGAAUUCAAUGGUUUGCUGUUAUGUGCUUUUUGAUUUUGACAUACCAUUGUCUGUUGUUUGUGUUAUUUAAAAGUAUGUUAUUCCAUAGCAUGAGUUGGUUCAUAUUCUUCAUUUUAUUGUAUUGCUACCUAUGCUCUAUGCAUAGCACUGGGAUAUUGUUUUCUCUGGCCAGUUUUGCUUGUGUCUUUAAAGCUGAGAGUGAAACCCAAAAAGCGCUGACAGACAGUUAUAUUCAUGGAAGGCUGUACUCUCAGGGAGAUUGACCUCAUUUAAACAAAAUAUUUCAUAUGAUGUGACUAGUUUGAAAUUUUGCUGUGAUGACAACAGAAAAACCAGAGCAGUAAUGAAACAUUGGUGCUCUUACAAAAACUAAUUUGUACCCACAUGUUUACUUUGGAGGUAAGAAUUUUAGGUAUGACGGCGAUAAGCUUUGUUACAGUUCUGCCCUGAAGGAAGUUCAGAUAACUGUGGAUGCACACUGUCUGAGUCAAAUCAUAACCCAUUCAUUCAUCAUUACUGUGAAUCAAUAAAACGUCAACUCACACUAA